AUGUCAGUAUCAGAAAAGACAGCCGAACUGGGGGUUGGUGUUACCAAGUCUAUAUCUAAAAGCGAUUCAUCUGAUGAAAAAAAGGUUGUUGAAUUAAAAGAUGCUGAUUUAACUUUAAAGUUCAUGCAUGAAAAUGAACUUGAAGUUCCAGAAAUUACUCCUGAGCAAGACAAAAAGCUUUCUAGGAAACUAUUCUUUAGAGUGCUCGGAUUGACUUUUCUAAUUAAUAUGAUAAUGUAUAUGGACAAAGCUACUUUGUCUUAUAGUUCAAUUUUGGAAUUUUGGGAUGCCACGGGCUUAGAUCAAAAUAAAUACAAUAAUGUGAACACAAUAUUUUACGUAGGUUUUAUUGCCGGACAAAUUCCAGGUACUUACUUGUUGACUAAAUUGCCCCUCGGAAAGAUGAUGUUUGGAAUUAUAGUUUUAUGGUCUCUUAUCAUCUUCUUACACUGCGCUGCUUAUAAUUACGCUGGCGUUAUAGUGCUACGUUUCUUUUUAGGGCUAACUGAGUCAGUAGCAAUUCCUUUAAUGACAACAACCAAUGGCAUGUUUUUAACUAGAGAUGAAAGAGCAGCAACUCAGCCUAUAUUUUAUGCGGCAUGUCUAGGUUCCUCCAUUCCUAUUGGUUUCAUUGCAUUUGGUGUGCUUCAUAUCUUCGGGUCAAUAGAAAAAUAUAAGAUUUUAAACAUCAUAAUAGGUGGUUCAACAUUAUUACUAUCAAUUCUUGUUUAUUUUCAAUACCCUAAUAAUCCUGCUGAUGCUAAGUUCUUGUCAAUAGAAGAAAGGGUAUGGGUUAUAAGGAGAGUUCAAAGGUCAAGUAAUUCAUCAAUCGAGCAAAAAAACUUCAAGAGACACCAUGCCAUUGAGGCUUUAAAAGAUCCAGUUUCGUAUCUUAUUUCGGGAUUCUUUUUGUUACAGCAAUUGGCAAACAACUUGCCUUACCAGCAGCCGAUUUUAUACAAACAAAUGGGAGGCAUAAGCAGCUUGAACUCUACCUUGGUAACAGUCGCUUCGUCUGGCUACGCAGUUAUUUGGGCUUUCGUGGCUUAUGCUUUCAUGCGGUUUUUUCCAAAUACUUCUUGUUUUACAGUAGUCUGGUCAACUGUACCAGCAUGGAUAGGAUCAGUUCUUGCUGUUUCCUUGGAUAUCAAGAAUUCGAUAGGAAUGUUGGCUGCAAUUUGUUUGGCGUCGCAGUCUUUUGGAGUUCCCUGGAUAUGCUCUUUUGGGCUAGCUGCAACAACAGCUGGCUCUUCUUAUACUAAGAGAAUGACAAGAAAUGCAAUGGCAAUGGCAUCCUAUUGUAUCGCCAAUAUAAUUUCGCCCCAAUUAUGGCAGGAUAGAGAUGGUCCAAGGUACGUUCCCGCCUGGAUUGUUCAAAUUGUAUUGAGUUUUACUGUUGCACCUGGUCUAAUCUGUGUUGUGUGGAUUAUUUUAUCGAGACGCAAUAAAGAAAGAUUGUCUAAAUUGACUGAUGGUCAAAAGUUUGGAGUGGUAAAGGACAGCGAUGGAGAGUCUAUUGUCGUAAGUCUGGCAAAUUUAGAUUUAACAGAUUUGGAAGACAAGACUUUUAUAUAUCCAUUGUGA